AUCAGCUGUAAAUGUAUUGACAACUACUGUAAUCAUGUCAACACCAUCGCAUUAAAAUUAAAAAAUAGACAAGAAGUGAACUUUCCAUAGUAACUAAAAGGAAAUUAUAACAUUUUUGGAAAUGAUAUUGAAAAUUAUAGUAUUUUACUCAUUAAUAAGUUGUGUGGUAUCAGUGUCUCGUCAUCCAAUAUUAAUAAUCGUAUCUUAUGAUGCGUUUAGAUACAAUUUCUUUGAUACAAAAUUGGUUCCUAAUAUGGAUAGGCUUAAAAAAGUCGGGACUUAUUCGGACUAUUUAAUAAAUGUUUUUCCUACGAAAACUUUUCCAAACCAUCAUUCUAUUGCAACUGGUUUAUACACGGAAUCUCAUGGAAUUGUAGGUAAUACCUACCUUGACUUAAAUACACGAACUGUUCAGAAAAUUGGACCCGAGAUGUAUAGUUAUAAUAAAGACGUUGUGCCAAUAUGGACAUGGAAUGAAGACCAAGGGAAUGGUAGGUAUUCUGCUUCAAUGAUGUGGCCUGGAGCAAUUUUUCCAUAUCAAGGAAAAAAUAUUACUUAUAGAGAAAAGUUCAAUCCAAAACUUGAUUGGUUUCAAAGAGUUGACAAGGUAAUAUCAUGGUUGUUAGAUCCUUUAAAGCCAGCAAAUUUGGUUAUGUUAUACAUAGAAGAACCAGAUACUCAUGGUCAUGUAUAUGGUCCUAAUUCACCACAAGUUAAAGAUUUAUUAGUUAAAUUGGAUAAUAUUACUGCUUAUUUAGAGGAACAAUUGAUCAAAUAUAAAUUAGCAGAAAAAACAAAUGUAAUUCACUUAAGUGAUCAUGGUUUAAUCGGUGUGACACCUCCUUAUUUCAUUAACACUACUCAGUAUUUGAAGAAUGGAACAUAUGAUGUGGCUGGAGCAAGUCCCUGUCUUCAGAUUUAUCCUAAAGAUGGAUAUGAACAAGAAAUUUAUGAAGCAUUAAAAGCAGGUUCAUUGAUAAAUGGACAUUUCAAAGUUUACCAAAAGAAGAAUUAUCCAAAACAAUGGCAUUAUAAGAAGUGUUCCAGAGCACCACCUGUUCUCAUUAUGGCAGAUGUGGGGUAUGCCUUGGAUGAUUUGAUAGUUGCAGCACCAAAGUAUGCUAAAGCAUAUAACUUUACAUUAACUAAUAGUUCAGAGUUUGGUGUCCAUGGUUACAGUUACAAUGUUAGUGAUAUGCAUCCUUAUUUCAUGGCUCGUGGACCAAAAAUCAAAAGUCAACACAAAGUGGCUCCGUUCCACACUGUAGAUCUUUUUAAUCUUUUUACUGAAAUAUUAGAAUUGCCUCAAUUACCCAAUAACGGUUCUAUGGGUAACAUUAUUGAUAUUUUAAGUGACAAGCCGGGAAGGUAUAGCAUCGGAUCAAUUCUUAUGGUUACUGUGGGAGGAGUGUUGGUCGCCUUACUUUUCAUUAGCGUAGCUGCUGCUAUAGCACUUCUAAUUAUCAAACGUCAACAAACCAUCACAACAGCUGCAGCUCUCAACAAACGUUUUCCUCAAACUUUCCACCCCAACAUCAUAGAAGCACAACAUCUUCUAGAACCGGAGGAUGCUUAACUUUAAGGAAUUUUUUAUUCUGAAUGAGGAUAAUAUCUUGUCAUCACAUCACUUAUUUGUGAAAAGUAUCCUACUUGGAUGUCUUGUUUGUUAAAAAAAUAAGAUAAAUCUUAGAUCCUUUUGAAUAGAAAUAACAUUUCAAACAUAUCGGUUUCUAUGUCCAGCAUAUCAAAAUUGGAUUGGAGUUUAUAAUUCUAUUACAUUUCUUGUUAUACAUGUUAAAGUUAAGACCCGUUUUCAGUUAAUUUUAGUUUUGAUUAGGUAAAACUAGUUCUCACAAAGUAGGCAAGUCCAAAGAGUAUAAUAGGUAAAGAAGAGGACCCAGGACACUCCAGAUUUUAUGGGAUGGAACUUCGAGUGUUCAUGUUGGCAUUCAACAAGGAAUUAAUUAAAUAGGAUUCAAGGUUGAGGAAAAGGUUAAUUCUCAAUCUUAUAUAACAGUUUAGUAAAUUAUACUUUGUCAAGAGCCUGGCUCACAUCCCAGAAAGCAGUAGAGCAGUACUUUCUAUCUUCUAGACAUUGCAUUAUUUUGUUAGUGACCCAUUGUACCUGUUCAAUAGUGGCAAUGCUCCUCUUGAAAACCAAAUUGAUUUCCUGAGAUGAUUGUUUAUAGUUAAGUUUUUAAUAGCUUUUCUAGUAUUUUGGAUAAGAUAAGGUAUAAGCUAAUAGACCAAUAAAAAGUUACAUAUUCGGUUGAUUUACCAGGUUUGGGGAUUAAGAUGAUCUGGACCACUUUCCAUUGGUUUGGAAAAUGUCCCAACCUCAAAAUUGCAGUAUAAAUACCUGUUAUCAACUUUAAAGCACACUGGGGCAGUUCGAGGAGGACUUUAGUAUUCAUCAAGUCAUACCGUGGUGAUUUCUUCAUAUUGAGAUCUUUGAUUUCUCUCAGAUAUUUUUGUUAGUAGUAGUUCUAAUUGAUACGAUUGAUUGUUUUAAUUCUUCUUCAUGACUAUAUUGAAGUAUUUGGUUGUAAGAACUUUUCCAGGUGGUUAUCAAGAACAUUCGCUUUUGUCGUCUCUUAUCCAAUGGCUUUCUAAAGAGCGAAUGGGGUGGUUUAUUGAUUGCGGGCGGUCGACCUUUUCCACUGCUUUCCAAAGCGAAUAUUCUGUGGUUUCGGUUUUAAAACAAUAAAUUUUUUAACUGGAAAAACUGUUUUCCAUUAGUAGAAUUCCCCAAUUGAAGUUAGUUUCAACUGAAAAUUCUAUUAAAUGGAAAAAAACUAGUAAAUUAUAGUAUUUCUUAGUGAAAAAUGAGGAAAAACUAGUUUUUAAUAGUGAAAACAAGUUUCAACGAAAGGUGUUUGUGAAAACUAAUUUUCUCUUGUCAAAAAUAGAAUAAACUGAAAGCGGAUUUUAACUGUUACAUAUAUAAUUCAAUACCUGACAAGAACUACAGCCUGAUAGUUUGAAGUGUAAUUAUUUCUCCUAUUUGAAAUUCUUUUAUUUUUCAAGUAGUUAUUUCUUUAGAUUUAGGGUCGUGUUUACUAGAAUAUUUUGGUUGGAACAAAUCUAACCAUCGCAGGGCAGACGAAUGAUUUUUUUUAGUUAUUGCUCAAUAUAUUAAUUGCAAGGUUAAUGAGCUGAAAUCACUGUAUAAAAGUAAAAAAAUAGACUUAAAUAUACUAAAUACCAUAAUAUGGAAUAAAAUGAUUGUGCCGGUUGUAAAUAUGACAUGGGCAACCAGAUUUGUUUAAUGUUUUGAAAUUUGGGUAGAUUUUAUACCUAAUUUAAAAUUUUUUUAACCUAAAAAAUCAAAAACUAUAUGAAAGUUCAAAAGGUAUAUAGCUACAUUUUUUUUAUUCAUCAAAUUUAUCUAUAAUCUGUUUCUAAGUUGAACAAUAAGUAAAUAUUAGGUGGAUACAGAAAAAUGACUUGUAGGAUAGAACCCUGUGGUUUUCCCCCCUAAUUGUAUAGUUUAUGCAACUACCUAUCAUCGGUAUCACAAUAAGUUGAAAAAAUAGGUAUAUUAAAAUUAUUGAAGUUAAAAUAUAACAGUUGAGAUAGAGGGCAUUACGUAAUUAACUUUCUUAGUCAAUUUAAAAUUAAAUGAUGAAGACUGAAAUUAGUCGAAACGUCAAAAUUUUUAUCUGUCUUGAAGAAAUUAUUAAAAAAACAAACAAACAUAUAUUAAGGGUUUAAUAAAUAAGAGAUUAAAGAAAUUUUAAAUUAAAUAUGCUAAAUUAUAAUAGAAUAUUUACGAACUAAAACUACUCCAUAUAAAAUAUAUUAAAAUCUGCUAGCAAUAUCAUUUGAGAUUACGUUAGAUAAUAGGUUCUAACACUAGGUUCUCGGCCAAUCGAUUGGGGUGGAACUGAAGUCUCUCAUUAUACUUUUCACUUUCACUUAAUUGUUUCUCUUACCAAAAACACCUCUAGAUCCAUAGCAAUGAUGUUAAUGGGCAUAUGCCAUAGAGCAUUUGUUAACAUUUUCAGAACUUUAACUUAAAUCUCUCGAGAUAAUAUUUAUGUUUUAUAUGACGCUGAACCCCACAGUUGGAUUCCAUAUGUUCAAAUAGGUUCAAGUAAUAUCUUAUAUACCAGUAACUUAUUCUCGAUAGUUAUAAUUUUCCAAUUAUCCAAUAUAGUUUAAUUCCAAGUCAAAUGUUGGAAAACAUCUUCAUCGAAAAAUAGCUCGAACACAACUCUACAGGAGACAUAUUAAGACAGAGGUUGAAAGUCGCAAACAGUUCAACAGUAAUUUUAUUCGACAGUAGUUGAAGCUCCAUCUAUUUAAGAAAACCCCGUUCGUUCGCUCUUGCGAUCAUCUUUUAUAUUGUUUACUCAUGAUCUUUUUGUUGACUAACAGAUUGAAGCUUGUGAAAAGGUUAUCAAAGAAAAAGUUGUAUGGAAAAUGUUUCUCCAUUGCUAUUUCUACAUUCAAACAAAUGGGGCUGUACAUGGACCACAUUUUAAAACCAAACCGUAUCGGUUUUCCACGGAUGCAUUGCUUACUUGGAUGAAGGUCAAAAUAUUUGAUCAUUGAUUCAUCAUAGUUUAGGUUUUGCUCGGAGACAAAUUUUUUAAGAAACAUUUGAUUCAGCUAUUCAAAAGUGGCCGUAAUCCAAAUAACUACGUUUUUCGGGGAGAAUGUUAUACCUUCUAAAAACAAGAAUUCCAAUAAAGCAUUUUAGUUUAUCAACUGUGAUGUUUGGAUCAGCAUAGUUUUUAAAAAAUGUCUCUGUAUGCAAAUGUUGGCAAACAUCUUCAUUGAAAAAUAGGUCGAACAACUCUAUAGGUGACAUUUUAUAAUAUUGGUUGUAGUUAACAUACAAUGUGAGUUUAUUUUGGAACAGUUAUGAACUGUUUAAUGUUUAGAAGAAAUUGAAUUUUCAAAUGUAUGACAAUUUAAAAAAAAAUUAUCAACUAGGUAAUAACACGUCCUAAGCUUCUGAAGAAUAAAAGAUAAUUAAAUAGAUGAAAAAAAUAAUCUAAAUUUUAUACGUCUACAUAUUUAUUUUUAAUAUUGAUAAUUGAUCUCUAGUAAGUGAUAGAAUGACAUUAUACUUAAAUUGUGUUUGUUGUGAUCUGACAUUUUCGUCCAGAAUAUUUAGAAUUUAAGAAUGAUAUGUCAAGAAUAAUAUAUUUAAAAAGAUUUCCGAAAUUCGUCCAUUUUUAAAUAUAUAUGGUGUAGGUAGAUCGCUUUGAGCUAGGAAAAACUCUAAAUUGCAAAUUUUUAGGUGAAACUUUUAUUUUUAAUCGUAAGUUUUAGAAGUAAUCGUGUAAGUAGUAGAACUGUGGUGGCUUCAAAUAUAUACCACGUAAUUUUAAACAUUUGAUGAAUAUAAAAAAAUUACAAUGCAGGAAAAUUCACUACAGAAUACAAUCACAAUUUAUCAAGUAGCAUAUUUAUAACAAAUCUUAUUUUUAUAUGAACUAAUUUAGAAUUUUACUUGAAGAAAACCUAGAAAAAUAUUUUCUUUCGACAUACCGAGACAAAUGCGGGACCUUAACCCUUUGAGUACUGAAUUAUUUGACUGAAAGACUUUUAUGCAUAUAUAACCGAUUUAAUUGGUUGGUAUAUGAAUUAAUAAGUAAGAGUUAUAAAAUGUAAAUGAACAUAUAAAUGAAACAACAUAGAAAUAUUUAUAAAGAACAAGAACUAACUUAACACUUAACUUGGCAAGGGUUUAAUUUAUUAAUUGAAAAAUUUUUUUCUUAAAAUUGUUCUUUAAGGUCUAAAUAAGAUAAUUUCAUAAUUUGAAGAAUUUGGGUUAAUUUUUGGAUGAGAUAUACAAUAUGUUUCUUGUAGGAUACAUUGCCAAAUAAACUGGUUUAAGGUUGAUGGUACAAGUAAUGAAACUCACGUAAAUUUAAGUAAUAAAACCUUUUAUUCAUACAUAAAUAUUACAAUUAAACCCAAAACAUUUUUUCCUUAAGCUAAUUAAAAUUAAUAAUAAAAAAUUAAAUACAUUGGUUUUAUGAUUUGAGGUUGAUGUCUCCGGUGACGAGUUGCUCCAGACGGAUGUGAGGUGGUAGCUAGAUUAUCAGUGAGUGAUGCUGGCUCAUUCUGCUGUUCAAUUGUGCUUACAGAUGGACAAAGAUCCCUCAUUAGGAGAUCUGUACAAUUCAUCUACCGGUACGUUUGUCAGCAAUUGACCCAUCCAUCAUUGAUUCAUCUUUUGACACCUUUGGAGCUUGUGAAGCAUGCUCUGCAUUAAAACGUUCUUCAACGUUACAUCUAACAAUUUGCUCGCUGCCUAAAGUAAUACAUCUUCAUCCUCCAAAUUUUCUUCUUCAUCUUCGGGGUCCACCUUUGGCUUAGGAAGUAAUGAAGCUGCUCUUGAAGUAAAAUUUUUGCUUGAAAUAAAAAAAAACAUCAAAAUGAGGUUGAGAAGACAAAAAUGCUAACAAAUUCCUAAAUAAAACGAAAACCAAAAUAAUUAAACUAAAUAAAUUUUAAAUUGAGGUAAAAUGAAUUUGAAAUUUUUUUAAUUAUACUCGAUUGUUUGACAUUAAUAUGAUUUUUACAAAAUUAUUACACGUGAAUUUACUAUAGUUAUUGAAAUAAUGAUUUUUUUCUCCUAAAAAUCAUCAACCGAAUUGGCAAUGUAUCCUACAGGAUUCGGAGGGUAAAACGUAAUUUUCUAGAUCAAUAUCAAUUGAAUUGAACUAGUUUAUGUUCAAAACAGAUGUUUACAUGUCAUGUGAAUCAUAAUUUUAAAAAGCUGUAAAGCUCAAAACAGAUGUUUACAUGUCAAUACAAGUGAAUCAUAAUUUUAAAAAGCUGAAUUCUGAAUAAAUAAUAGUAAAUUGACUUAAAACUUACCCAACAGGAGGCCGACGCCAUUUCUUUGGAUGUUGCUGAUUUCACUGUUCCAAUUUGCAAAUUAAACAUACAAGUCCUAAAGAGACGAUGCAGUAGAUAAUGAAACUAAAAUAAACGCGGUAAAUUUAAACAAAAAAUCAUGUAUCCUGCAAAAUUGUGGGUUAAAGUAUAAUGAUUUUGUACCGUGUGGCAUUUUUCAAAACAUGCCAUCUUGUAGGGCCUUACCUACGAGUAAUGAAGGUAACAAAAAUAAUUAAAAAGUAUGUAAAAAUAGCGAAUUUACCAUUUUGGUUUGGUUUGCUCAGGUUUUUGAUACUGUUUUGACUCCGUCUAUGUUCAGUACAUGUUAUGGCGAUGAAAUUUAAAUUCGUCUGAAUGUCGCUCCGUCUGUUUUCAGCCUAAUUAUUGUCGAAUCUAUUAUUCAGAUAAUGAACUAAAUUUCUGAUCUUAAUCCUAUCAUUUUUAUAUAACUUUUCGUUGUUUGUAAAGUGAAGGAAUCUUGUGAUAUCAAAAACUUAUCCUGUAGCAUUGUGACUGCAAAAAUUGGAGUAUUUAUAAUAGUUCUUUUCGACCAAUAUUUACUUUUAACGUUAGAAUAUACAAUGUAAUAUAUUUUUUCAUUUCAUUCACAAUUACUGAAAACCACUUGAGGCUUCGUUUAUUUGACCCUUCUUAUUCGUUUCUUCUACUAUCAUCAUCAUCAUCAGUAAGAAUUUGGUCCAGCACUUUCAAUGGUGUACGAUUUUCACCUUAUCUGCACAGGUACAAAACAUUAAUUCCAACUAUUUCUUGAAAUUGUUUUCUUUUUCUCGUUUCAAAUCCAUUGUUCUUGCAAUUGUUCGAUAGAAGAUUCACUAUCGCUCGACAAAAGCCCCGUGCACUUUCCAAUUCAUUGUCGUUUUCAUUAUUUUCAUUCUCCCAACUCACUGUUAUCAUAUAACUUUUAUUUCUACUUCACUGGAACAAUCAUUUUCGUUGUCAUAAAAUGAAUUUUUUAAUUCAGACAUCUUAAUUCAGAAAAAAAAACGGGAAUAAAAUAAUUAUAAUUGGAAUUAAUCUUAAUUGUAACUGAAAGGCGAUUGUUUGCGAUCAACGCCAAAUGACAAGGGCACCGCAAAAAUCAACGCCUGCUUCUCAAAUUCAAAUGAUCAGUCAGACUCGUCCACUGUAACUUCGCCUAAGUAAACUCAAAGGGUUAAAGUUCAUGCAUCUACUACUCGAAGACCAUUCAGUCCAACCAUAUUAAAACUCGUUUUAUUUUACAAUUUUAUUCAGAAUCAUCCACUUAUGUUUUCUUUUCUGCUUUGGAGCUAUAUUAAAAUAAAUACGUGGUGGUUGGUCUAUUUAAGACAAUUCCCUCUGACAAUAACAAAUGUCUAGUUAAUCCAAAUAUUAUUCUUCGAUAUAUCUCAUGUUGAAUCAAUCUAGUCAUUAGUAGAUUAUCUCAAAUUUACAUUAGAUAAUUGGACGUACAUAAUAAAAUACGUUUUAAAUAUUAACAAAAUGAACAAUUUUAAUAUUUGCACUAAUUUUCAAAUCAGAAAAUUCAGUUAUAAUGUAUACAAAUAGGGAGUUUUUCAAAGGGUAUAUAUUACUUUUUGCUUAAACUGUAGAAGCCUGUAGGUUUUUUCUAAGGGUUGUGAAUUUUUUCCAUAAUUUUGUGAACAUACUCUGUAAAGCUCACACAUUGUUGCCAUUUAUGGGGCAGGAUUUAUUAAUUUAUGUGGUAAAAAUAUGUAAAUUGUUUUAUUUUUUAAAAUACUUUGAGGUUUUUUUUCUUAUUAAACUCAUUAAACAAAAAGGAAUUGAGUUGAUUACUACAAAUAUUUUUCAAAAUUUCCUGAAUGCAUCAGACAUUUAAAAACUGAACCAAAAGAAAUAGUAACAAGUGGAGCUUAAGCAUUCUCUUUUUAUUUUUAAUAAAAAGCUUUCCACUGUUUGCAUCACCGGUAAGAAACCUUCCCCAAUCAGCAAUACACUUUGGUGAUAAGAUUUUAACUUGACGGUUAAUGUUCAAUGACAACAUGUUUCAUUUUUUGCAUCUCAGUAAAUUUAUGUUCUGAACAACAAAAAACUAUUGAUAAAUUUCAACAAAAUAACAGAUUAACUUUACUGAGGAGUCUAUUUUCCAAAUUCCAUUGGUUAGAGGUACAUUUCUACUUUUUCCAUUCUAAUGAAUCCUGCUCUGACUAAAAGUGAUAUAAUAAACAAAUUCUAGUGAUUUUUUAAUGCCAAAUUGUUGAGAUAUGAAUACCUCUAAUGAAAAAAAUAUGAAUUUGUACAGUGGCAAUCGCACAAUUUGGGUGAUAUUAGUUUAGAUCAAAAAUGUUUGUUGGAUUAUCAAAUAUAAAUAUUUGAAAACAUA